CACACUGAGCGCAAGUGAUGGGAGACAAACCCAGUCCCUGACGCGCGUAUCGCUCACCUGGUGAUAUUUUCACAGCCUAUAUUGUGAUUUUUUUUCAUUUUCAUUUUGUUGUAUCUUUUUAGAAUAAAACAUUUCAUGCAGGACUGGAGUUAAAUCUGGAGGUGAGCGCGCGUGUCUUACAAUUAAGUAUCAGUUUCCACAUUGGCUCAGCAUUGUGUUUUGGGGAUUUUACGCACCGAUUGUGCAGGAUUUGAGCCAUGGCAGAGGAGUGAGGCGCCUUUUCCAAAAUGCCUGUGAACUGGAAUAUAUUAACUUUUGCACAGCGGUCCUAUGGAAUAUAGUCCGAUUUUACACAGUCUACAUGUUGUGCCAUCAUCCCACGUGAAAAACAAACUCUUUGUAUUUUGUAUAAUGCUGUCUCUUUGGGUAUAUAUGAUAUAUUGUUGUGUUGGCUACUGCUCAACUGUGCCAAACCUGACGUACAGAUCGGUGAACAGACACGACAACGACGCUGAAGUUGACAAUCAGGAGUCCUCUCUCGGGGCGUCCAGGGACUUACUGAAUAACGAAAACGAUUUGGACAGCAGAGGAGACGAGUGGGAUGAAAUUAGAGGCGAGGCGAAGGCGUUGGAUGAUAAUGCCAUGUCAGGUUUCCUCAAUGAAUCGGAAAGUAAAAAGUUGCCCCAGGCGAUCAUCAUCGGGGUGAAGAAAGGAGGGACCCGGGCGCUGCUGGAGUUUCUACGCCUGCAUCCGGACAUCAGGGCGGUGGGAGCCGAGCCGCACUUCUUCGACCGCAACUACGACAAGGGACUGGAGUGGUACAGGGAACUGAUGCCCAAGUCAUCAGAGGGCCAGUUGACCAUGGAGAAGACACCCAGCUACUACGUUACCAAGGAGGUCCCUGCUCGCAUCUACACCAUGUAUAAAGACACAAAGCUGAUUGUAGUUGUUCGGAAUCCUGUCACACGAGCCAUCUCAGACUACACCCAGACUCGCUCCAAGAAGCCGGACAUCCCCUCAUUCGAGACCCUGACCUUUAAGAACAUAUCAGCAGGUCUGAUUGACACCACAUGGAGCGCUGUUCAAAUUGGCAUGUAUGCUAAGCACCUUGAGCGUUGGCUCCAGUUCUUCCCCAUGGAGCAGCUGCUGUUUGUUAGCGGAGAGCGUCUGAUUAGCGACCCUGCAGGUGAGAUGGCUCGCGUUCAGGACUUUCUCGGGCUCAGGAGGGUGGUCACAGAGAAACAUUUCCACUUUAACCCAGCAAAGGGCUUCCCCUGCCUUAAGAGACCUGAGGGGAACAGCAAGCCACACUGUCUGGGCAAAACCAAAGGCCGGACCCAUCCUAAUAUUGACCCAGAGGUGGUGCAGAGGCUAAGAGACUUUUAUAAACCCUUUAACAGCAAGUUUUACCAGAUGACUGGUCAAGACUUUGGCUGGGACUGAGAGGAAAUCUAAUGCAACAGACUCAUGCUUGUCCCUCUGUGUUUUAAAAAAUAAUUGUAUCAUUCUGGAGAUAUUAUUAUACAGUGUAUGUACAGUAUUUGGUGGAUGUGUAAAAAGUUCAGAAGUCUAUUUUAUGAUAAUUUAUUGUUAUGAUAUUAACUCACUAAGCUGCCUAACCAGGUUUAUUCAUGUCCCAUCACACACUUUAUGUUCUUUUUUCAGUUCUCACCAACAUGUUCCUAAAAGCACAAUGUUUUUACGGGUAUUAUGAGCAAGGUCAGUACACUUUUUGUUUUUAAACCAAUUUAUUUGGUUUUAUUUUCUUUUUCUUUUACUUUCCUAAAUGCUGCUUUUGCUUCACCAUAAGCUGAAUGAGAGCCAACUUUAUGAACAACUGGUAAUAUCCCCUUAACAUUUGCCUGAACCUCAGAGGUCCAUAGACUUACUUAGUCAGGUCGAUACAGGCCCCAGCUGAUCCAGUGCCACUUGCCAGGUGGAUCAAUACAGUAAUAACUCCUCAUCAUGUCAAUUAGACCUGAGUGAUGGCACUGCCUUAAUCUCUUGAGCACCGCAAUAAAACAUAGAUCCAAUAAUGGUAGUAAGUUUACGGUUGACCCUUGAGCCAACUUCAAGUUAAUAUAAUAUAUAAAUUUCCACUGUAAUGUUUUGGCUUAACCACUAUUUAUACUGUUUCUACAAAGGAACGUUGAUUUGGCACCAAUAAAGGAUCCUCUCACAAUACGUUUGUGGUGAUUUUAUCGGUUUUCCAAAAAACAGCUCAUGAUGCCCAAUCUUUUAUGGCUUUGAUCUAAACAGAACAUUAUUCAUAUGAUUCAUUUAAAUUCAUUGAUCUGUUCUGAAAAGCCUCUCAUGGAUCAUUCUGCACAGCUGUUUUACCACAGGUGAUACUUGACGUGUUAAUGAUGCCCUUAUCCAUGAUAUUUCAACUGAUUGACAACUGAGUGACAGCCAUGCGAAAAUAAGCAUGUGCCUAAAACGUUGUCUUCUUUGAGUUGUAGGUGAAGAUUUAACAUUUAAAAACAACAUAAUAGGACCAAAAUUAAUGAUGUAAUUUUCACAUACGGUUGAGUUUUAUUCAACCUUUAUGAAUACAUGUGUCAUUUUAACAGAUUUCAUUCCUUAAAGAUUCCUCUUGUUGUUGAGGCACGAUUUUGCUGUAUGCAUUGCUUUAAAACAUUGAAGCAGUCAUGUCAUUUUUAUGAAGUAAGAAAUAAAUGUUUCACCAAAAUCAUA